AGGUUAAAGUCAAAGAAGAAGGUGUACAUAGACAUAUGGAAUCGACCUCAGCUAUGGCUCAUUUAACCCAGAACCCCGCUGAUAAAGAGAGGUUCAUCUGCCUCUAUCCCGUCUACAUCAACAGUAAGAAGACUCUGGCAGAAGGACGAAGGAUUCCCACGGAGAAGGCGGUGGAGAAUCCGUCCUGUGCGGAGAUCAGGGAUGUCCUGACGGCUGCAGGGAUGAGCGUCUACGUGGAGAACAAGAUGCAUCCCAGGGAGUGGAACAGGGACGUCCAGUUCCGAGGUCGGGUCAGAGUUCAGAUGAAGCAGGCUGACGGCAGCUUCUGUCAGGACAAAUUCAGCUCCCGUAAAGACGUGAUGUUCUACGUCGCAGAGAUGAUCCCUAAACUAAAGACUCGCACUCAGAAGAGCGGAGGAGGCGACACCAGCUCUCAGCAGGGAGAAGGAGGAAAGAAGAGCAAGAAGAAGAAGAAAUAGGCUCACGAAGACGACCAGUUAUUUGUUUACUUUGACCUUGAUCUCAGUUUGUUGGUUAGGAUCACUGCUGGACUGAAUGGGAACCAGAACCAGAGACAUUUAGUUUUGAAGUGGUUUAUUUCUCUGAACAUGUAAAAGUCUGAGUUGCAGGCUUCACCAUGAAAACAUAUUUCUGUUGUUGCGCCAUAUAAACUAGUUUCCAUCUGAGGAAUCUUGCUUCUGGAUGGUCCGACGUGAAGAGAAACGCCAAAAGAAAGGGGAGGUGACCUGUUUUCAGAUACGUUGUGAACCUUUUUCCAUGUUUUGUUAAUUUGGCUGUUAUUUGAAAGAUGAAUAAAUGGCUCAUUUUU